CUCGAAAGGAGAACGUCAGCGCAGGGCACCGCGGAGCAGAAAGUUUCUGAGCGGAACAGUGUCUGCCUCCCAGUGAUGGGUUUUCGAAGAACAAGAUUAUGCAGCGAGCUCUGAGGAACACACAGCGAGGAUAAUCACACGGGACCCCGAGUGACACACUGUGGAUGGAAGACGGCGAGCAAAGGAAGUGAAUGUGUGAAAUGACGGAAUUCACUGAAGAAGACCUGGACCAGUAUCUACAAAAUCAGGUUGACCUCAGACACAGACAGGUCUCAAAAACAGUGGAGGAGGUUCAGAAGAUUAUCAAGGACCUGACGUCUGAGGUCAGCGUCAAAGAUGGUCGCUUUCAAUCGAUCUCCAACUCCGGCGUCCACAGCGACAGCCUCAAAGAUCAACCUGCUUUACUCGCCAAAUGGGCCACAUUGCUCAGGGGACGGUGUGCGUUCAAUCCAGCUAUCCAGGUCCUAACACCUACCCAGUUCCUCAUUUCGGUGCCAUUGAGGGGACUGACGGGAUACAGGGAACGACAGGCCCGGCGGUGGCGCUACUAUUCGCUGAGCGGGUCGCGACGGCAAUCUCCAGUCCGUGAGCCAGAGAAGCUGCACCAAUGGCUGGAGCUGGACAGCUUCCUGAGCCCCACGCAGGAGUGGCACGAUGGCCACGUCGCCAUUGAGGGUGACAUCGUGCCAGCCAAGGUGGUCAGUGUCUUCAAGGAGCAGGUGGAGGAGGCCGUCAAAUCCCGCAGCUUAGCCAGUAAAGUCAGCGUCCUUGACACGAUGGGCUCGGUGGUCCGUGUUGCCGUGGAGACGUCGGAGGCCCAGAUCGAAGUGGAAUUGGUACCGACGGUAGAGCUGAUGCACUCCUGGCCCAAGAAAGCCCGCUGGCCCCGGCUGCUCAAGCGAUGGCCUCCAGCGGAUCGCAUCCGCUGCAUCAAGUCCUUUGGAUUCAAUCUGCUGGCUACGUCCAACUACCACUGGCUGCUGUCCUUCUCAAGGGCAGAGCAGGUGCUGCUAGGAAGCAUCGACGAGGAUGGGGGUUGUCGAAGGAAGUGCUACCGGAUUGUCCGGCAGCUGAAGGAGGAUGUCUGGUGUCCCGGCAACAAACCUGCCAUCACAGCCUACCAUCUGCAGAACCUGCUUUUCUGGACCUGUGAGAAAUACCCCAAUUCUAAGGACUGGAAGAACCUGAAGGAGAGCGUCCUGAGGCUGGUCAGGAAGCUCCACAAGUGUGCUAGCCAGCGCUACCUCAAGCACUACUUUGUGGGCUCCUAUAACCUGCUCAAGUACACUAACACCAAUGAUCUGGAUGACAUGGCCAGCAAGAUCUCCACGUUCCUGGAUAACCCAGCUGCCUACAUCCACUAACACCAUGACUUUUAGCUCAACUUUGGAACACCUGCACUGAACAUUAAUUACUUUUGUUAUAUUUGUGGCAUUUAUGCUGAGAAGUAGUCCAGUCCUGACUGCAUUAGAUAUUUAUUGUUGGACCACAGGGUGUCAUAUAUUCAUGAAACC